AUGGACAAAGAGCCUCAAAUUAGAGCAGAGUCACUGGGGCUCGAGUACCAUGCUGCCGUGGUGGCAGGAGACCUGGACCGUGUUCGGCAUCUCAUGGAGCAGUUCUUCCGGGAUGCCAACAUGGUGUUUGAGAUCAGUAAGGAUGAGAUGAAAUGGCAGGUGGAAUUCCCAGCCGCAUCUGGGCUGUCGGGAAUAUCCAGCCUGGACCUCGAGAUGCGGGACGAGGCACGGAGCGCCCUCUGGGGCUUCAGCAGCUCUAGAGAGAUUGCAGACGUGUGUGACCCACCUCUGUGUGAGGUGAUGAAGAAGCUGCUGGAAGAUGACACACCAUCCAGGGGCAAAGGUCAAUGGAUGCCUCUGCUGGACCCAGACCGCUCACUCUUCACUUCUUCAGCCUCUCUGGGAGGCGUGGCUGGGCCCUGGGACAUCAUGACGUCCUCACCAAGUGAGCCAUCUGAGUCCGAGGAGGCCUGGGGAGGGCAGAGCCGGGAUGGGGCAGAGCUCGGGGAACCCACGGACCCCUCCUUCCCCACGGAUCUCAAUGGGGACCCGUCCCCUCCCGCACCGCUCGAGCCACCUCGAGCACACGGCGUCAAGCGUCGUCGGAUCGGCUUACGAGCCACCCUCCGGAGGCCCCGGGGCCGAGCGGGCGACGGGCGCUUUAGGACCGUCACCAUCGGGCGGUGGUUUCGGUGUGCGCUGGCAACGUGGGUAAACAGGCCCGCGCACCCGCACCACCAGAUCCCCAGCCUGCCCACCGGCUUCUGCUCCAGCCUGGCGCAGGGCAUGGCGCUCACCUCCACCCUCAUGGCCACGCUGCCGGGCGGCUUCUCCGCGUCGCCCCAGCAGCACCAGGAGGCGGCGGCCGCCCGCAAGUUCGCUCCGCAGCCGCUGCCCGGCGGCGGCAACUUCGACAAGGCGGAGGCGCUGCCGGCGGACGCGGAAGACGGCAAAGGCUUCCUGGCCAAGGAGGGCUCGCUGCUCGCCUUCUCCGCCGCCGCCGAGGCCGUGCAGGCGUCGCUCGUCGGGGCUGUCCGAGGGCACGGGAAAGACGAGUCCAAGGCGGAAGACGACCCGAAGAGCAAGGAGGAGAGCUUCUCCUUGGAGAGCGAUGUGGACUACAGCUCGGAUGACAAUCUGACCGGCCAGGCGGCGCACAAGGAGGAAGACCCCGGCCACGCGCUGGAGGAGACCCCGCCGAGCGGCGGCGGCGCGGCGGGCAGCACCACGUCCACGGGCAAGAACCGGCGGCGGCGCACGGCCUUCACCAGCGAGCAGCUGCUGGAGCUGGAGAAGGAGUUCCACUGCAAAAAGUACCUGUCCCUGACCGAGCGCUCGCAGAUCGCGCACGCGCUCAAACUCAGCGAGGUGCAGGUGAAAAUCUGGUUCCAGAACCGCCGGGCCAAGUGGAAACGGGUGAAGGCAGGCAAUGCUAACUCCAAGACCGGGGAACCCUCGCGGAACCCCAAGAUCGUGGUCCCCAUCCCCGUGCACGUCAGCAGGUUCGCCAUCAGAAGUCAGCACCAGCAGCUGGAGCAGGCCCGGCCCUGA